AUGAAGUGUGCUGCCUCAAAAGCUAACUUUUGCUCUUCCAGAAGAUAUUGUGGAAAAUCUCCAGAAGUUGACACAAACAUCAUUUCCGUCGAUUUUAGUAAUCUUCAAACCGAAAUUGAACCUCUUCAAAGUGAACCCCCAAAGUGUCCGUCGUGUGCUUCAUAUUUCACUCUUAAUUCUUUUACGGAAGAUGGCAACAUAACUUGUCCAUUUUGCAAUUCAAUAACUCACGUGUCUUCUCCAAAAGAUCGUUAUAUAUCAGAAGAGACUGUCGAGCUUGUGAUAUCUCCUCCCGAACUUCAAAAACUUGAAAAAGUCGAAGAAAAGACCGAGAAAGCUGAAGACAACAAAACAAUUGUUUUCUGUAUUGACGUGUCAGGUUCUAUGGGUUCUAGGCCAACCGACAAAAAUGGGAAAACAUUGAACAACACUUCUGUUUUGGAAGUAAUCAAGUCAGCAAUGACUCACCAAAUCAAGGCGAUGAUCACUGAAAAUCCACAUCAGAAAGUUUGCAUUGUCACAUUUGAUAGUGACGUCACAAUCCUUGGAGACUGCACAAAAACACCAAUAAAAGUGAACCGCAGCUUCAUGAAUGACUUUGACAGUUUAGUCGACAUUGCAACCGAAAAAAUCGAACUAUCAACACUUGAAAUUUCGUCAGAAAAAAUCCUUUCAUCGCUCAAAGCACUUCAUUCAGGAAGUUGUACUGCUCUUGGCCCAGCACUUUUGGUCUCGACAGUCGCUGCUGGAAAACAAAAUAAUGGCUCUGUGAUUUUGUGUACUGAUGGUCUUGCAAAUGAGGGACUUGGAAGUCAAGGAAGUCAAAAUGAAAAAGCAUUUUAUCAGCAUGUUAGCGAAGUGGCGAGAAAGAGUGGAGUCAUAAUAAAUGUCAACACCGUGAAGGGGUGUGAUGCUAAUAUGAAAGUGAUUGGUGAGUGUGCUGUACUCACUGAUGGACAAGUGAUGGUGGUUGACCCAGAAAACAUCACAGACGCGUUCAAAGGCGCACUUGACUCCGAGUUGAUCGCAAGACAAAUUGUUUUGGACGUUUUCCUCCCACAAAGUUUGUACGUCAAGGACGAAUUUUCAGAUGUAAAGGUGAGUAAGAAAAGUGUUGAUGUUGGGAACGCACUUGAUGACACAACUUACCAAUUUAAAUACGCCAAGAGAAAUGGUGACGAUAAAUUGGAUACUUUCACAGUUCAACUUGGGAUAAAAUACACAAAGAAGAAUGGAGGAGUCUAUUACAGAAUCAUCACAAGAAAAAUCGAAGUCGCUAAAGAAGACGAAAAGGUCGAUUUGAAUGGAGAAGUGUUGCAGACGUAUUACAUCCAGCAAACUGCAGAACACAAAAGAAGAGGAUCUAUUGAAAGAGCUAAAGAAAAUAUUGGGAUGUUCAGACAGGCACAACAAGUCUCCAAACAAGAAAUGCAAUCAGAAUAUAAUACUUAUGCAGAUGACAUGGAAGAUAAACUCGAGGAAAACAACGACGAAGCAUGGGCUGUUAAUCAGACCGCGAGUAAGUGGAGCAUGAAGAAAGCAAAGAAAUUUAGUGGAAAAUAA